AUGAUUGAAAGGUUCUUAGAACUGGAAGAACCAGUGAGGUCAACUUUGGCACUCUUGGAUAGUGAUAAGUUUCCAGUAAUAGUAGUUGAAGAGUGGAAGAUGUUGACUGAUAUUAAAAAAGUUUUGGAGCCGUUAGAGGCAGUUAAGAAUAUCAUGAGUGGUCAAAACUAUGUGACAUUAUCUUCAGUAAUAGUACUUACUAAGGGAUUGGAGAGCAUUUUGAGAGAAAUGGAAACUCAAGAUUUUGCCUUGGUCCAAACUAUGGUAAAUGCGAUGUUACAAAGUAUUAAAGAUCGUUUGGGAGAUUUGGAGAGUAGCAAUAUGUUACUAAUCUCAACAUUCUGGGACCCUAGAUUUAAAACUGUUUCAUUUUCUUCAGACAUUGUAGCUGAGAGAUCAAAAAAAUUGGUUAUUAACCUUGUUACCCAAAAAGUAACAGUAUCCGGAGAAGUCAUGAAACAGGCCCAAGAAAAUAUUCUGAAGCCAUCAAAUAAAAAUGAAAAUGCUCCUUCUGAAAACUACCCAUCAAAAAAGUUGUUGCAGCCUAGUGGUACCUCAAUGUCUGGAGCUAUUAUUGAAGUGCAAAGUGUUGAAUGUAACACUAAAAUCCCAGAGAUAUUUAGGUUGGUAUUGAUAGGUUGUCAACAUGUCAGUGUGGUGACAUAUGAAGUUGAUUUGAUGUGGAUGGAACUAUAUAUAAGACGACAGAAUACUUUUGCGGUGUAUGGUUGA